UAGCUUGAAAAAAGAGAUUGUGAGGUGGAGGCAGUCACCCCGCGACGGAAAAACAAGCGAGGACAGGUCGAGACGUACAUGCUCAGUCCAUGUUUUAAAUUAAAGGAAAUAUUUGUAAGCUGAGGGAUUCUUGAAUGUGAACCUUAUUUCCGUCACUUUCACGCGAGAUUAGUUACUUCUCACGCGCGGGUUUGUGGUUUUGUUGAGCGUGUCGCUGUUUGCCCAUUGUCACUGGAGUCAACACUAAGAUUUCUUCUUCUGCUCAGGAGGACUCCAUGAAAGAUGACGGAGGAGGUGAUUGUUGUAGCCAAAUGGGACUACACGGCCCAGCAGGACCAGGAACUUGACAUCCGUAAAAAUGAGCGUCUCUUCCUCAUCGACGACUCUAAGACAUGGUGGCGCGUCCGCAACACCGCCAACCAAAUGGGUUAUGUGCCAUCGAACUACGUCGAGCGAAAGAACAGCCUGAAGAAAGGCUCAUUGGUGAAAAACAUCAAAGACACUCUGGGUUUGGGGAAAAACCGGAGGAAGACCAGCGCCCGCGAUGCCUCCCCCACGCCAAGUUCAGACACAGAGUACCCAUCUAAUGGCAGCGGGGGUGGAGGUGUGGGCGGCGCCGCUGAGAGGAUCUACGACCUCGACAUCCCCGCCGUGGUCAAGUUUGCUUACACAGCAGAGAGGGAUGAUGAGCUGACCUUGGUCAAGGGCUCCAGGGUGCUUGUUAGGGAGAAGUGCAGCGACGGCUGGUGGCGGGGCAGUCAGGCCGGGCGCACUGGCUGGUUCCCCUCAAAUUACGUCCAGGAGGGGAUUGCCGGGGCCGAUGACGGGGGAGAGGGAGAUCUCUCACAGGUCUUCCACGGAGGGUCUCAAGGAACCUCGUUAGCUAACGGGCGCGCAGGCGGCCGCAGCGUUCUUCAUCUGGUUCAAACGCUCUAUCCCUUCAGCUCCGUGACGGAGGAGGAGCUGAACUUUGAGAAGGGAGAAGUCAUGGAGGUGAUGGAGAAGCCGGAGAACGACCCAGAGUGGUGGAGGUGUAAGAACUCACGUGGCGUUGUGGGGCUGGUACCUAAAAACUAUGUGAUGGUCCUGGAUGAGCGGCCGUUGGGCUCCCCACAGAAGAGCUUCCAGGCACCGGCGCGCUCGGGGAGGUUCGCCGGGAGGGACUGGUACUACGGUGACAUCACCAGACAGCAGGCUGAGUGUUUACUCAACGAAAGAGGAGAGCAGGGCGACUUCCUCAUACGAGACAGCGAAUCAUCGCCCAGCGACUUCUCCGUGUCUCUGAAGGCGGCGGGGAAGAACAAGCACUUUAAGGUGCAGCUGGUAGAUGGAAUGUACUGUAUCGGCCAGCGCAGGUUUAUCUCCAUGGACGAACUAGUGGAGCAUUACAAGAAAGCCCCCAUCUUCACCAGUGAACACGGAGAGAAGCUGUACCUGGUGAAAGCGCUGCUGUGAUCUACACACUGGAUCUCUGACACACACACUCAAACACGCAUAAUACACCACUCCCUCACUGUCUUAACUCCAGCCUUAGCUCUGGACCCUCCUGCUGUGGCAUCUGUCCCACAUCUCUUGGUUCUGUCGGCGUCCUGCUAGCAGCAACCAAACUUUUUCUAGCUCUUUUGCCGUGGACCCUAAACUCGCCAGCUUGGUGUGAACGCGCCUCUCCAUCUUGGAUGUGCUGGCAUGCAGUGAUCACACGUGCUGCUAACAGAACGCCAGAGGCCUUUUGCGGGGGUGAUCUCUCCCUCUGAUGUCAUAAUGUAUUAACUAGCGCGCACAUUGUAAAUGACGCCAUUGCUCUUAAUUUACAUGGGAGAUGAGAUGUUUAGGACCCCUGAGGGACCUCUCUCUGGUGUUUAUUCUCUUCAUUUAUCUUGAAAUAACUUUUCUUUAAGGCUAAAGCAAAUUCAAUGUUUUUUUUAAGGUUUAUAUUAUUUUUAAGUGACCAGAAUCACUUUCUUGCCUUUUUUCCCCUUCCUAAUUUUCACCAUUCCUAUACAUGAUUUUCUUUACUUUUUUUUUAUUUUGUAAUUCUUCCUUGUUUCCGUUUCCAGCGACGCUCGCUGUAGAGGCUCUGAUGGGCAGUAGGGAGGUGGGGCGUUAAUGCAAUAGGGGAGACCUUCUGUAGAAUUUGAAUGUUGAUCCGUGUAACCAAAUGUGCCACCUCGUAUCCAUGACUACAGGCUCCUGGUCCACACUGCACUCACCUCUCAGUCAUCGCUCAGUGCUCGUGCUUCAUAUUGUGCCACAUUGAUCAUGUUAGAGUUUUGUUCUCCAGUAGGUGUCUGUAGCUACGUGAGGAUACUGACGGAAGAAUAAUAAAAGUGUGUUUUGGUAACACUUUUGAGUAACUCCAGUUGAUUUGCUUCUGCAGCUUCAUGCAGUUUUAAGAAGUACCUCUACUGAUGUUGUUUCUGUCUUGUGAUUACAGAGAGAUGUAUACAAAAGACUUGGUUAUUCUUGAUUAAUUGGGACCCGGAACAGGCGACCUGAAGCUGCACAUUUAUAAAUCCAGAGUAUUUCGUAAAACCAGACCAAAACCAGAUAUUCUGACUGGUUUCUGUAUCGAGGGACACAGCUCUGUCAGACCUGGACAUUUUUUCUGUUCCACUCUGAAUCAUUUCCUGUCUAAUGAACAGUAGCUUAAUGAAGCUGGACUUUGGGAGCGUUCAGUUUUGAAUAGGUUUUCUUAUUCCCUCUCAAACCAAAUACGCCGUCACCUGAGUCAGAGCUGAAAUUGUAAGGCCAAACCUGUUAUGUGCAUUUGUUUACCAGUGGAAGUGUUGAUGGGGUCCUCAGCUUUUAUACGAUAUAUCUGAAUGUUAUUGAGCACUGUUAUUUAAUUCUUGUCUCCACUGUAUGUAUAUAUUCAAAAUAAGAAGAGGUGCGUGUAUGAAUCAUAAAGAUCCAACUAUGGUACUGUAUCACCGACGUGAUGAGAAUUGAGAUACUUUUGUUCAAUAAAAACUUUUGACAAAGA